UAACGUUCUUCGGGUACACAGCGUAGCCUUCGUAGCCAUCGUUCCGCCACCCACCCCCUCAACUAUAUUCACCAAAAGACGCCACACUGCCCCUCCCCUGCUACGCAUAUGCAUAGCGAGCCCCAAACUCUAGCUCCCCAUUCCAAGCCACAACCUGGAACACAACACACCCGCAGGGCCUAUUACAAGACCCCCAUCACCACGACUCCAAUUAGGGUCGACUACAAACCUCCCUUGGAAUGCAGAUACCCAACCCUGCUGCAAUAACAACUACCUCCAAUACCUGCUCCCGUCCCCCACAUACCAACAAAACGGUCGAUUCCAACCCACCACCUGGAGCCAAGGUCCAACAGUUAACGUCUGCUUCAAUAGGCCAGCAAAAACCCAGACCUGCAGGUUCCUCCUAGACAAAUCUCUACUCCUCCAAGGUUCUCCCUACUUCCCCACAGAUUGCAAGCCACCAGCUUCGGGGUGGGUGGGGGGUGUGCAACUAACCAGCCUCCAAGCUUCACAGACCUCGAAGACUACCAGUCCCAUGUAGUCUUCGCUGGUGCCCACAGGCUAGAUUCACUCACGGCAUUCGAGACAAACUGCCCCAAGCAGACCCCUGCAGGCAGCUUCUGAGAGGUUUAAUAAAGCACGUGCAAAACACCAGGACAAAGGACAUCUCUAGGCUUUGCUUCUCUUCUUCCCAAGACCUUCCAUUUCUAGCCCAGCCUAGGAGGUAUGAAGAGAACCUGUUCUGUCCAUGCUCAACCAAGUACAUUUGUCCAUACUGGCUUAGUACAACUCCCACUGGGAAGCUUGGAAGGGAAGCUUGCUUAUGUUGAUGGGGAGUGGACAGGAGAAACCCAUCUCUAAGGUGUUAGAGAUAUUCCCUACCUCAGAGGGAAAACCUCAAAUUCAUCUCAGGACAACUGAGAGCCUUUACCUGUGUAUGAAGAUUCCACCUGUGAAGGGAAAGUCACUAUUUCUAACAGAUUUAGGGGAGGGGGAGCCUCAUAAAGAGGAAAAGGGAAGAGAGAGGGAUAUGUAAAAAGGUUGACAGCUCCACCUGAGGGUGGUAGCCCCAUCUCUGAAGUAAUCUCAGAUGUGGGGGGGACCUCUCUUCACUCCAGGUGGUAACAGCAAUGUUAGUUCCCUUUCCUGGAGCCUCUGGCCGUCGUGCCCCACUGCAGCUCCUUGGUUUGGCUUCAACACAGAACUAACCGUCCCCAGGAAAUGCCUCCCUCCGGUCCAGGCAGGAAUCCCAAUACCCUACACCCUCCCACUUUGGGGGAAGGAGGGAAAAGAAAAGAGGAAAAAAUGCUCUCUCCUCUCUAGGUCAGGGGAAUGAUCUGGGGACCACCUAGCAGUCUACCACCCCUCCCACUUCUCUUUACUGGGGAAAUGCCCAAUCCAGUGCCCCAUGUCCACCAACCCCCACCCCUUCCAAGCUGUGCUGGGACAUGAAUCAGCUCUCACAGCUUGUUAGCUGGACCACUUGUUUUCAUGCCCUCACCCCAGGAAACACCAAGUUACAGCUUUUCCAGCUCUCCUCAGCAGGGGGCCAGGGUCCUCACUUUAUAAACAUCCUCGUGCCUGCAAGAGCAGAGGGCAUAGAAUGGUGUGAGACAAGAGCCCAGGGGAGACACACUAAGAGGGGAGAAGAGAAGACAAGGCAAAAGGUUCUGCGUGAGAGUAAAGCAGGGUCUGUGAAAGUUAGCACUGCAGGAAUGGCACUGAGGCAGUGGGCUGGGAGGAGCAGGGGGACCCCAAGAAGCUGGGGAACCAUCUGUUUGGUGAUUUCACUCCUCUUGCAACUGCAAGGAGCUCACAGCAAAUGCUACUUCCAAGCUCAAGCUCCCUGUCACUAUGAGGGGAAAUAUUUUACCCUGGGUGAAUCCUGGCUCCGAAGCGACUGUUUCCACUGCACCUGCCUACACCCAGUUGGUGUGGGCUGCUGCGAUACGUCCCAGCAUCCCAUCGACUUCCCGGCUGGGUGUGAGGUCCGACGGGAGGAAGGCACCUGCCACAUCUCCCUGGUGCAAAAAGCUGAGCCUCACCUGCCCUGCAGGGGAGGCCCCCCCGACCUUGAAUGGGGCUCAGCCAAUACCCCUGACUCUGGGAACCCAGGACCACGUCCCAGUUAAGUUCCACUGACCAUCCACUUC